GGGCCCCCAGGGUCCCAUGCAGAGGUCGCGCUGGAGGCCGUGCUGCGGGAAUUCCAGGAGGUGCUGAGACAGGCCGUGGAGCGCCAGCUCUCAGGGCUGCCUGACUUGCUGCUGCCCCCCAGGGCAGGGGGGUGGCUGGCGGCCGAGGCCUCCCACUGCCGGCUGCAGGGCCCUGUGCGCGCGGACGAGAAGAUGCUGAUGGAGCUGUGUGGCUUCCAGGCUGUGAGUGGGGCAUCCACUGCCGGUGCCUGCGCCUCCGGGGAGCAGGGACUGCGUCGGGGCCCCGUGAGGCGAGUGGGGCCCAGACGCCUCUGGACAGUGGCUGGGAACAUGCACACGGCGGCCUCAGGGCUUUCUCCGUGUAUGGCACCCCACUCCUGUCCAGGCCCUGGUUCUCGCGGUGGCCUGAAUACUGGGUCCAGGUCGCUGGAGGCCAUCUCUGGCCUGGAGAGCAGCAGCAGGGGCUUCCCAGCACAGGGGACGGAAGGAGUUGGGGGGGCCCUGGCCCAAGCAGCCCAAGUGAGGACUGACGCCCCCUGUGGGUGCCUGCAGGCCGGACAGUACGCCUCCGUGUUUGCAGACAACGGCUUGGGAGUUGCGCUCUCCAUCCAGAGUGGCUUGGGCUUCUCAGGGAUGCUGCUGGGCAUGUGAGGGCGCAAGGUGGCCAGGGAGAUGCCCCCUCCCCUGUGGCAACAGCAAUAAAGAG